AUAUUUUCUUACACAUACUAAAUUAACUUUACAAAAAACAUUCGAAAAUGAGCGCCGGCAAAUCAUACUUUGAACAACCUGGUGAUGAUGGUAGCAGAUUGGCCAGAAAAGCUAAGGAUUCACCCUUCAUGGUAGUGGGUUUAGCUGGCUUUGUAGCCGCUGCUGCUAUUGGUGCUUACAAAUAUAAAACUCGUGGCAAUAUGAGCACGAGUGUAUUUCUAAUGCAAUUGCGUGUGGCAGCCCAAGGAACAGUAGUCGCUUGUCUUACAACGGGUUUGGCUUAUACCAUGUACAACGAAUACGUCGUCAAAAAAUCAAAAGAAGAUAACAAAUUGUCAAACUAAAAUUGAUGUUUUCUUAAGUUCAUGAAUGAUUGUAUUACAUUGAGAAAAAGGCAAUUUUUUUCACUUACACAUAUUUUUAAACGACUCUCAAAUCAAGCAAAUGCAGAUUACACCACUAAGCUAAAAACGUUAUUAAUCAAAUCAUCCAUACAAUAGGAUCUUAUAAAUCCACAUACAUAAUUAUAUUUUAAAAAUGACGAUGUUCUAUUUGUGUCUACAAUAUAAACGCUACUCAUGAUAAAUCAUGUCCUAUUGCCUGUGAUAAUGAACUUAUGAACCUGGCUAAAUACUAAUAAUAAUAAUAAUACAAAAAAUAUGUCUAAAUAACCUAUGCAAAAUAUAAUGUAUGUUAGUUGUACCUAUAUGUAUGAUUAAUUAACCCAGUUUUGUGUACAUAUUUAUUAUUUAUAUAAAUAGUUAAUAUCUUCAUUUAUUUAAUUUUAUUUAUAAAACAAAAACACCACACGAUAUGUAUUUUACAAAUUGUUAUUGGUAAAAAAAAAAUAAUAAAACUUUAAAAAAAUUACAUAUUUAA